AUUUUAUGAUUGGGCACGUCAGUAAAUCUUAUUGCCUAGAAGGAGAGAAGACUAGUGUGAGGCUAAACCUGCUAAUGGCAAAGAAGCAGGGGUCCCUCAUAACAGCCAGGAUAGGGGGAUAGUGGUCAUUUUUAUGGUUUGGACAAUGUUCAUGACUUUUUCUGUGUGUGGACCUGAUCAUCGUGUGGGCUUGUCUGCUGUUGAUGUUCUGUGAAAUUGUUUGUGUUCAACAGAAAAUCAAGACCUAGCUGUGAGUCCCAGACGUCAGGGCUGCUUUCCUCCUUUCCAAUGGGCACAGUAUAUAUAUAUGUAUAUAUAUUCAGUGAUCUGAUCAUGUUGCUUGAUGUCUACGGUAGGAGAAGACCAGCAUCAUGACCACGUCUCUGCUCAGCCUUGCCAAGGAUAAUUCUCUCCCUCUAUCCUCUUCCACCUCACCCAGAUAAGGCUUCUGCCUUGAUUAUAGGCAAAUCCUUUAUAAAAACAUGUCUGCCUUUCCCAGGUCUUCUAUUCCACGUGGAAGGAUGGGCUCUGAAGCCAGUCAGUUCACAGACACUGAUGUAUUGUCAGAAGUUUGUCACUCUCUCUUAGAAGCCUUCCCUCUCACUAGGCUGUCACCUCCCACACAGCCCAUUGGGCUCUGCGUAGUAGAGGCUGAACGGCCUGGGUCAGUGACACCCGGUUAAACUGCUGCACACGUUUGAACUUCGGGCUAACAGUAAUAGUUGCUACUAUUUAUUGCAUGCUUGCUACGUUCUACGAACUUUACAUAUGCGAUUGUGUUUAAAACACACCACAACCUUUGAAAGUAUAUUCUUGCAGCCAUUUCACAGAUGAGGAAACUGAGGUUCAGUAAGGCUAAGUGGCUUGCUCAGGUCACCUGGCCAUUAAGUGCCAGAAGUGGAGUUCAAAUCUGUAUCUGUGCUUACCAAGCUGGAGUUCCUUCCACUCUGCCUCCCUGCCUUUCAUUAUUAACUGUGCCAUGAGCAUCCUGGACCAGGUCUGCCAUCCUCUCUUGAUCCCCCACGCAUGGCACAUCUUGUACUUCUCCGGCAGUGCUAAUGGCUGGCUGGCUCCAGAGAUCCCUACAGCACAUGGUGUGCCUUGUGAGAGCACCAGCACCCUCGGACCUCGCAAUUCCCUGGCUCUUGUUGUCAAACUCUCUGGAAGGAGCAAGGUACCCAGGAAAGUCUGGGCUGCAUUCCCAUCCUGGACACAAGCAGACUUGUGCCUUCUCAGUGGAGAGGGCCUGGGGGCACUCACUCCAGGGGAAAUGUGGGAAAUUCCUGAAGGGCAUUCCCAAAUCUAGCCUGGAAGAGUCCUGAGGUUCAGACACCCUUUUACACACCCAUGAGGCCAGGAAAAAUUGUUUCCAUUGGUCUUGCUAAGUUCUAUUUAAGAAGAGCUUAUGCUGACCCCAAGUGGGCUGCCCGAUAAUGCUGAAGACAUCAGAGAGAACUUCUCUUGGAAUUAGGGAACAAAAAGAUGCCCUCUGUCCACAAUAGGUUCUGGAUGUGAAAGGAGUAGUUCACGGAGCUGGAUGCCUUAGCGCUCCUCGGGGCCCUGAGCAUUUGCAAAUCCAGCGGAGGGGUUAUCCUCAAUAGCUUGAGACCAUUUUCAUAGAAAACAGGAAGUCGUCUGCAGGAGCAGGUAGAGGCAUUUGUUCCAGCUCCUCACCCAGAGUGUUGAAGACAAUAAACUUCACGCAGCCUGUCGGGUCUCCUCCUUGGUGGCUGCUUUAGAACCCCGUGCUCAGUCGUCUCAGGGCCGUAAGGCUGCUGCGUAGCAUGAUUGAAUUACUUAUCUGAGAGCAACUUGAGAGCAGGGGCUGUCACCUCUUUUGUUUCCUAGCACAGUGCCUGGUACACAGGAGAUGUUCAAUGAAUAGAGUGUCUGUCUGAUUAUAUUGAUUAAGAAGGCAGAGAGCACGUCCCAGAAUCCCAUUCUAUGCCUUGCUGUGGUAGGUCCUCAAGAAAUGCUUGUUGAUUCAAUGGACCGUUGGCCUGAAACAAAGCAGUACAUUUUCAUGGAAACUUGAAUUUCUUCUCCACCAAAGGGACUACAGAAAAUAAUCUGGCUCUGCUCUCAGGACCCAUAACUCAUAUUUUCUACAUCCAGCAUAAAAUCUCAACUCCUAGAAACGUCCUGAAGGAAACUAAGGCUGUGAAAGUUUUCUCUGAAAGGCGGCCUGCAGUCAGUGUUCUUCAUCUAUGUAGAGAGAUGAUAGCUGUGUGAUUCUAAACAGAGGUAAUAAAGCCAGGUCUGUUUGCCCUCCUCUCUCUGAUGCUGAGGCUGUCGAGCGUGCUGGAGGCGGGAGGAGGCGGUGCGACAAGUGCUGUAGGAAACCCCAAAUUCAUAAAGGCUUGUUCUCAGAUGGAGGCCCGCAAGCACAGCCUCUGUGCUGAUGCUGCAAAUACAGUCUCAUCCGUGAGCUCAAGCUGUAGGUACCUCACUUAGGAUGAAGAGGAUUUGUUUGAUGUGGGCCUUGCAUGCAAAUGAAACCUGCAUUUUUACGAAGAAAAGGAGAUUCAGGAGGAAAAUAAGUUUCUUUUCAAGAAUUUGAAGGACCGCUAAACAGAAGAGGCUUGAGACUUAUUUAGAAUUAUAACGAGCUGUCCCUGAAGCGGAACUAGACCCGUGUUCUCUAUAUCGGUUUCUCCUCUAGUCUACAACACGGACAUCACACAGGCACACCAAGCACUGAGUGUGCUGGCCCUGCUGGCCUUUCCAGCCCACGUCUCACCGAGGGCCCUGGCACUCUGUUACCUAUUUCCCUGAGACUUCUUCAGCUCCUCCAAGUUCUUUUCUUCUGUUGCCGCUGCCUGGGUCACACACAACAAUCACAGCGCAGCGCGGUCAUUACUAUGUAUGCGGGAAUGUCUCUUCCAAAAUACCUCCAUUGGUGGGGAGCCAUAUAAGUGACAGCAAACUCAUUGCUGUUAGCCGUGCAUUGAUUAAUUUAUUUAUCAUCAUUCAGCAGACAUUCAUAGAGUUCCUACUAUAUGUGACUCUAAUGUCAUCUUCAGGCCCUCGCCUGGUGGUACUUCUCUGCCCCUCAGAACAGGUGCUCCCGGGAGCACUCCCACUGUUUGCUGACCUGUCAUGCAUCUCAGUGCGUUUGAUUGUUUAUCAGCUCGUUCACGUCUCCACUUCUACACUCGACUGGAAGCUCCUUCACGACGACAAGGACUGUGCCCAUUUGGCAGACAAUUGCUUCCCUGAUGUCUAGCACAGUGCCUAGUAAACACACAAGUACCACCACGUCAGUGUUGGAUGAUGACAGAUACACUCACUAAUGCACACGUAAAGGCAUUCAGUUUUCUGUCAGUUGAAGCGUUUUUGCAGAGGGUGGAUACCCAUCUAACGGAGAGCCAUACGGACCACACCACACUGCAGUCGCGGGUUUACUGAGCUCACUUCUCCAUUCGACUGCAAGCUCCUUGAGAGCAAGAACAGGGUUCUGUUUGUCUUUGAAAUCCUAAAAAAUAAGCAAACAAUUAAUGUUUGGGAAGUUUACAAAAAGUCUAUUUUCUGAGAACGGACUGUUUUCAGAACAAGAAAGCUGGAGCACUGAAUAAAAACGUGGCAAUGAUAGGAUCCACUUGCUUGGCCAGGCCACUAGGACUCGCUUGGUAAAUAUUAGCUAAUGUACAGCCCUUUGCUUGCUAUUAAGAUUCACUGAUUUCAAUAGAAAGUAACCUAAAAACUGUGCAUAAUCCAGACACCAGGGCCAAUCUCUAAUUACCCAAUAGUUCAAAAAAUGCAUAUUGGCUCUGUCAGUGGUUAGAUUAAAUGCCACUGUGUAAGCAAAGUAGGAGACGUGCUGUGGAUAGCGGGUCUGCUGUGCAGAUGAUGGUUUGGUCAGAGGAUGAAGUUAUCCUGGAUUCUUGCCGUCUCUAGGUGUAAUUCUUCUCACUCUUUGAAUAAAUAAAUCAACAGCAUUGGUUAACCCAGUACGCAUAAAAAGUACUUUCAGUUAAUGCCAGAUUUUAUAAAAUAAAUCCAACAAUAAAGGCUGCUUUUAAAUCUCAGUUUCUUACAUAACAGUGACCGUUGUAUAAAGAGAUUAACAUGGUAUCUUGUUUCUUCCUCGUGUGGUUUUACUUUCAUCUUACAAAUACGCACUUAUCUCUGUCUGUGUAUUCACCUGUAUCUGUGUGAACUCUUGGAAGUCUCAGUAUCUCGGUGUGUUUCUGAGAAUAAGCUGGGAGAUUGAUGAUAACUAAUUGUUUCUGGUGAAAGGUUAUUAGGAAUGACCAAGGAGAAACAGCAAGAGAGCUAUAGAGCGUGGCAAAGGAGAGGAGCCAAAUGCUAGGAACACAAUCCACACCUGCUGCCCAGGGACCUUAGCUGGUGGUUUGUCACGUCUUAGCAUGACGGUAUUCAAGCCAUGUGAGGUGUGGGGGAAAAUAGUACGUACCCAUCUUGGGGCUUGGUCUAACAACAACCAAUUGCCUUUGUUCAAACAAUGCAACUCCGUUAUCAAAUUAAGUGUUUUCAAGCUAAUACAAAUUAGUAUCAGUCCACUGACCAAAGCCUAAAAUAAAUGAGGCUGGGUCUAGAAGAAAUCAGCCUGUGUACACAGACCAACUCCUGACACCACUUCUUUGCUUUUCCCAGCCAUGGAUGCCUCGGGUCAGAAUAUGUUUAGGAUGUUGAACAGGGUGUUGACAGAAAGAAUGUUCAAACAUCUUCGGAAAUGGUUUGUCACUUGCUUUUUUGAGCAUUCUCGGCAAAGAGCGAGGCUCGUCUCCAAAGAUGGAAGGUGUAACAUCGAGUUUGGCAAUGUGGAGGCACAGUCAAGGUUUAUAUUCUUUGUGGACAUCUGGACGACCGUGCUUGACCUCAAAUGGAGAUACAAAAUGACGAUCUUCAUCACAGCCUUCUUGGGGAGCUGGUUCCUCUUUGGUCUCCUGUGGUAUGCUGUAGCCUACAUUCACAAAGAUCUCCCCGAGUUCCAUCCUUCCGUCAACCACACCCCUUGUGUGGAGAACAUUAAUGGCUUGACUUCAGCUUUUCUGUUUUCUCUGGAAACGCAGGUGACCAUUGGAUAUGGAUUCAGGUGUGUGACAGAAAAAUGUGGCACUGCCAUUUUUCUGCUUAUCUUCCAGUCUAUACUCGGAGUCAUCGUUAAUUCUUUCAUGUGUGGUGCCAUUUUAGCCAAGAUCUCCAGACCCAAAAAGCGUGCCAAGACCAUUACAUUCAGCAAGAAUGCAGUGAUCAGUAAACGGGGUGGGAAGCUUUGCCUCCUAAUCCGAGUGGCUAAUCUUAGGAAGAGCCUCCUUAUUGGCAGUCACAUAUAUGGAAAGCUUCUGAAGACCACAGUCACUCCUGAAGGAGAGACCAUUAUUUUGGACCAGAUCAAUAUCAACUUUGUAGUUGAUGCAGGGAAUGAAAAUUUAUUCUUCAUCUCCCCACUGACAAUUUACCAUGUCAUUGAUCACACCAGCCCCUUCUUCCACAUGGCAGCAGAAACUCUCCCCCAGCAGGACUUUGAAUUAGUAGUGUUUUUAGAUGGCACGGUGGAGUCAACCAGUGCUACCUGCCAAGUCCGGACAUCCUAUGUCCCAGAAGAAGUGCUUUGGGGCUACCGUUUUGCUCCCAUAGUAUCCAAGACCAAGGAAGGGAAAUACCGAGUGGAUUUCCAUAACUUUAGCAAGACAGUGGAAGUGGAGACCCCUCACUGUGCCAUGUGCCUUUAUAAUGAGAAGGAUGCUACAGCCAGGAUGAAGAGAGGUUAUGACAACCCCAACUUCAUCUUGUCAGAAGUCAAUGAAACAGCUGACACAAAAAUGUAGCAGUGGCUUUUCGACACAAAUAAAGCAAAGUCUUGAAGAUACCUAGUGACUAGAAGCAUUAUAAUAUAAUCAAUAAUUUGGGGGUUUGAAGGUAGGGCAAGAGACUUCAAAGUCUACCCGCCCCAGAACCUAAUAACCAUGAUCCUACAAGACACGUAGCUCUACAAGGCAACUGCAUUAGAACAUGCAUUAUAUUUACAGAAAACUGGAAUAUGGAAGCCCUAGGAGCUCAAGUGGAAUCUAUAGAUGAUUAUUUGAAAUCAUGCCAUGUUGAUGGAACAGACAAAAUCAUCAAAAGUCUCACGGACAGGCCAAAUGAGACUUUUAAAAGUCCCCUUGAAGAAGUUAUGAGCUUUAGAUAGGAUAAGGGAAAAAUCAUAUUCUCAUUUUGAUUCUACUGAUAAGAAAAAAGUCACUUUUAUGUUAACAUUGGCUUUUAUCAAAGGAAAAAUUAUUUCCUGAGUUGAGGGAGAUGAACCAAUCAAAGACAAUGAGAAAAGACCGACACACAAAGAACGUUUGUGAGGCUCUGACCUUCUCCAACGCUGGUUGUUGGAGCUUUCAUCUCAGUCAGGGUCACGCUGUGUUUCCAGAGGAUGGAGGGAAGCCUCAGUCCAUGCACUCCACACCUCUACGUACCCAACAUGGGGAGGAGCACUGAGCCCAGCACUGGGAUAGGCUUCAGGGCCUAUCCAGGCAUGGCAGCCCAAGUUGGGUUUUGGCCCAAGUGAUCUCAUGUGGCACAUUUAGACAGAGGGUAAAUCACCACUCUAGAAUCUCAAUGAACACCUUCCUGCAAGAAAGGACGCUGGAUUUGAAAUGGUGGUGGCAUUUCUUCUAAUUUGUGUUAGAAGGGAUGAUGGGCUACAAAUCUGUGAGAAGAGUGUUUCCUCCUCUUCCAGGAAGGCAAUGAGGAGUUUGAAGGUACCAAGGCACCUCCAGGGGAAAGUACUGCGAAUGCUCCUGAGAGAAAAAAUGUUUCCUGUGUUUUUCUGCUUAGGGUUUGUACUGAAACGCCAUUUCUAAAGGAGAAGUGUGAAAGGGAAAGGAUGUGACCCACUGUGAGGCAAGUGCGAGGUCUUCCUUUCUCUGAAGGCCAACACUGCAUCUUCCUCAAAGGGACCAACCCAGUAUAAUGAUUGAUCUUUAGGGGAAGGUUUCACUUUGAAUGUCUUGUUCAGUUCCCCUCCUACGUUAUUUUGAAUGUAUUCUGGAAAGUAUGGUACUCAAAGCUGCUUAGGAAUCAAAAUGUUUUCAGCGUAUUGACUAAUAUAUUAAAUCUCUGUAACUGUGCA